CGCUUAUUUAGACGUUUAUUCCACGGAAUCCCAGUUUGUAUAACGAUUAUCCGGAGGUAAUCCACCAAAGAUUAGGCUUUCAUCUUCAAUUAAGUUUAGCUAAAAAGAGCAGAAGCUGCACCUCGAGAACGGAGACAUGGCUGAGAAAGUGGAGCACGCCCAGGCCAGCCUGAUCGGGCAGCAGAACGAUCCCCGCAAGGUGCGAAAGUCACCUGAAUUUCAGCCCGUUAUUCCCGGCGUUAUCUCCAGGGAACGCAGCUUUGUGCGCACCUCGAAUCAACAGAAUAUCAACAAACGCCGCAGCCUGGCGUUUAAUGUUCCGGGCAACCAGACGGGACAGAUGAGGGGCAAGCCAGCCAUGGAUAUAUACAGACCGCCCAAUGUACGUGGAGAGCUGGCUGCUCCAGUCGGUGGCGGCGGUGGUGGUGGUGGUGUUGCCAGUGGGGCCAACGGUGCCGCCAACAAGCUUAACGUCAAUGCCCAGGAGUUUACAAUGACGAGCAGCUCUGGGGCACCGGCCGAAGCACUCAGCAAUCGUUCGUCGCUGAUCUUCCCGCCAACCAAUGGUCCCGGUGUGGCUCCGGCUCUGGGACAGUACGGCAACGUGAAUCGCCGCCAGGCCGGUCUCUCACUGGGCAACAUGCCGGGGCUGAAGGCCAGCCAUCAUCGGUCGAUCUUGGUGACACAUCCAAUCACUCCCAGUGCCCUGACCGGUCAGCUACCGCUCAUGAACUCGCCCUCAAGUGGCAAUAUACUGCAUACAACAAACCGUGUAAAGUUUGCGCCUGAGCCCAGGGGUCACAAGGUCACCCACAACCAGUUUGGUCAGCUCAACAACAAUUACGGACAGCCUUAUCAGUCGCACAUGAAUGGCAUCGAAGUGGAUCCCUAUAUGAAUGGAAAUGCGCUGCAACGCUCAAAGUCAUUGUCAUCGGCUGAUGCCCUCACCCGGGGAAUGGCCGGAUUGGGAUUGGGCUUGGGAAACGAGGUGGCCGAUAUUGGACAAUUUACGCCCGAAAUCCAGGCUUUGAUUGACACGGCUCUGGAGGACCCAAACAAGUUAAAUUCACGCUGUCUGAUGGAGCUGACCUCUCAGUUCAUCAAGCGGGCCGUAGAGAGUCGUCGUUUCGCCCUGCCCAUCUCGCGUCUUUGCUUGAACAUCAUCGCCCGUGAGCAAAAAGAGACCUUCUUGGAGGCGCUUCUCAACACAUGCCGCCAAUGGUAUCAGGAGCGAGAGAAGCUGCUAUUUGCCAUCCAAGGCAUGAAGUCGCCAUCUCGUGUUCGUUUUACCGCCUUCAUGGCCUUCCUUACGGAGAUGUUCUGCCAGUUGAAGCGGCGGCAGCUACAACUACGGACCCACAACGAGGGCACACCUCCACCGCUGGUAUUGCUCAGUCUGCUAUCCAAGUGCUGUGAGGAUUGCGUACGUCCACCCAUAAGAUCGCUCUCAGAGAUUGAGUGUCUGUUCUAUGUGCUCACCUGCAUUGGCCAGGACAUGGAGCAGCAAUUACCUCAGCAACUGGAGUUAUUAAUGGGCCUUGUUCGUGAUGCCUUUCUCAAUGCCGGAGAUUCGGCGGCGUCCAUCCGGCGCACUCUUCUCCAGCUUAUUGAGCUAAAGGCAUCCCACUGGCAGCUGCCCGGCAAUACGGUCCUCUACUAUACCCACACCAACAACUAAAACGAGGGAAUGGGAAUAGUACUAGAACUGCAUGUGGCACCAAGACGGAGGUUGAGUUUCGGGCACUGUGCAAUUAUGAAGGCACAAUCGAUUGUCAUUUCUGUUUUCGCAUUGCAUUUAGGCCUGCAAACCUUCUGUUCUAUUUAUCUUAUCAUACUCUUACCUAGGCAUAAGCAAUAUUUAUUUUGGCACCAGCAAUAGAGAGAAACUAACCCGAGACUUGCACAUUAAACACCAAGCCCAGUACCAAAUAAGAUCGUCCGAUUCGCUUCGGUAUCUUCGGACUCUGCAAUUAGACUAUUGCAGCUCAACUUUUAUGUGAAUUCAUAUAUAUUAAUGUGUAAUAAAACACAGCUAGUCAAAACUGA